AUGGCCGCCACCAUCGUAUCUCUCCAUGCCCAGCCUAUCUCCUCUCAUCGGCGAACUGAGCUCCAUUCUCCCUUCCCCAAUUCCUCCGCCGUACCCACCGCCGCUCCUUUCCUCCGUCUCCGCCCAACCGCUCUUAUCCUUCGCGUCGAGGUUAAAUCUUCUCCCGGAGCAAAAAAAGCACGCAGGGCCGUCAAAUCUGUUCUGCCCGUCCCCAUUUCAGCCAGAUUGGUGGGAUUUGCUGUGAAUGGCACCAUUAUCUUGACUUUCAUGUGGGUUCUUAGAGCUUUUCUCGAGGUAAUUUGCACUCUGGGAAGUGUUGUGUUUGUGAGUAUAUUGCUGGUUCGGGGGAUAUGGACAGGAAUUUCCUAUUUCCAAGAUGGCCGAGGUUAUAGGGAAGAUGACGAUGAGCCCCAGUCGUGGACCUCAACCCGACCUGCAACAUAAAACAUAUCUUUCUUUCUUCUUUUCUUUUUCAUUUUUUCCUUUUUCAGAUUUAACUUUUGCAAUCUACUUUGAGUAGAUUCGAUCAACACAUACCUACAUUGGUAAGGUACGAAUUAAACACGGUGCAUAUAUAUAUAUAUAUACACAGUUACAAGCACAAUAUUGGUGAGUGUUUCUUGUAAUAUGACCAACAUUUGGCAGAGCUUGUGCCAUUGCUCGUGUUCUAGAAUAAUUGACUUGGCUAUGGUUACGCGAACAUCUGUUUUCUCUGUCAAUACACAGCCAUGUUUGAAAAAACUAGUACUAGUAUUUAUGUAUUCUUUGGUUUCUCCUUUAAUCUGAUUAUUGAUGCUUGGUUGAA